AUGGUUCUAUCGAGAUCCACUAUUUAUAUGAGCAUGUUCCUUAAAAAGGGUACAGGCAAACUGGCCUACAAAGCCAGUGGAGCAACAAGACCAUCUGCUCCACCUAUUAGUUUCGAGCCACAUCGAACAACUGCCAGACCUGUGGAGGAGCUUCCACCAGUUAUGGAAGGUCCUUCCUUGAAGGCUAUAUUCCAUUUUGAAGAAGACUCACAACCUGGUCCCUCAAACGUGCCGGCAUCUCCCGAAUUCAGACCUCCCACACCAGAACAAAGACAAUCUCCACAAAUAAUUGACUCUCCACCCCAGGAACCCUCUGCAAGCUGGGCGACCAUUGCUUCCUUGCGAGAGAGAGCAGUUGAAGUGGCUGCAACGAGGAGCCCCCAACAUAUCCCAACCACUCCUUCUCGCAAACGGAGAAGCGAGUUCGGAGAAACAGAUCAGCCAGCUAAAAGAAUGGCUGGAGAACUAAAUGGAAACCAGCCAUCAACAAGUCGCAUUGAUGAUGUUUCAAUGAUCGAACCUACUCCACCGCCACAACCUACUCCACCGCCACAACCUACUCCACCGCCACAACCUACUCCACCGCCACAACCUACUCCACCGCCACAACCUACUCCACCGCCACAACCUACUCCACCGCCACAACCUACUCCACCGCCACAACCUACUCCACCGCCACAACCUACUCCACCGCCACAACCUACUCCACCGCCACAACCUACUCCACCAACCGCACAACCUAGUCCUAGACCACGACCAGCAAGAGCUCCACGAAGGAGAGUUCGACAAUUUCCACUUGUGCCAACUGCAACAUAUGAUGGACCGCCCAAUAACGAUGCGGCGAUCGAAGAAAGGAUCCAGGAACGUCUCCGGCGUUUGGCGGCCAAGGACCGCCUCGACGACCUCUUCGAGAGGAUCCGAGACGCCAACCCGGAGGUAAGAGUCACCAGGGCUUUAUUCGAUAGAAGAAUCAAGGACCUGGUAGGCGAUCAGAGCCGUGCCGAGCUCGGCAUCAAUUUAGAUGCAAUUCCGGCAGCGGAUUCCCCCGAAGAGUAUUUGGUGCUCUGCCGAUAUGCCUUGGCCCGUGAUGUGGCUCUCUGUGCAAAACGGAGGCAAAUCGCGGACCGGGACAUAUCGGUAGCCAUCGAACACCUUUGGGUGGCUUAG